ACUCACAAAAGCUCUUUUUUGACUUUUUUCCGGCACAAAUCUCUAUCUGACCGCCGGAGUAGAUGCAAACCCACCCAACAGAAUUGGGGGAAUGGAAGAACAAUGCAAUUCAUGAACGAAAUCCAAACUUGUUGAACUGAAUCUGGUAAAACGAUUAUGUUUCGCAGCACCAGUGGCGGUGGCGGUGGCGGUGGCGGUAGGGAUAACAACGAAUCCCUAGCUGGAUUGACCCAGAUGAUGAUGAUGAAUGUUCCUCCUCGGCAACCGGCGAUGGUGGUCGGUGGCGGUGCAGAUGCGGAGGAUUUUUUGAGGAGGGACGAUCGGGUACCGUCAUGGAGCCAGCAGGAGACGAGGGAUUUCAUUGCGAUUCGUGGUGAGCUGGAAAGGGAUUUCACGACGGCGAAGCGUAACAAAAGUCUGUGGGAGGUGGUGGCUGCGAAGAUGAAGGAGAUAGGGUAUAGAAGGACUCCUGAUCAGUGUAAAUGCAAAUGGAAAAACCUCGUUAAUCGGUAUAAGGGAAAAGAGACGUUGGAUCGAGAGAACUCCCGUUCGUUCCCAUUCUUUGACGAAAUGCAUGCCCUAUUCACCGAAAGAACAAGCAACACACCACCAACACCCUUUGAUCCCGAAGCUACUUCUAGCCACUCAAAGAAGAGAGGCAUAAAAAUGGAUUCAUAUCAAUCGCUCGAAGAAUUAUCCGAAGACGAAGAUGAAUACGAGGAUGAAGAAAUCAAGAUCGCAAAAGCCACGGUUCCUCCAAGAAAGAAACCCGAAAGGGAAAAACGGGCACGGACCUCAAGUUUAGACAAGCCUCCAACUCCAAAACAGCCGAGUUCAGGAAAUAAUUCAAUUCGAGAGAUUCUCCAUGAUUUCUUCCAACAACAGGAGAUGAUCGAGACGCAGUGGAGACAGUUGAUGGAGAAACACGAUUACGAAAGACGGGUGUUUGACCAAGAAUGGCGGCAGUCAAUGGAACGGCUCGAAAUGGAGCGGAUGAGGAUCGAGCAGUCGUGGAGGGAGAAAGAAGAACAGAGACGGAUGAGAGAAGAGUCCCGGGCUGAGAGAAGAGACGCCCUCUUGACCGCACUCCUCAAUAAACUCGUUCACGAGCAAUGAUCUUUAAAGGUAUCGUUCUUGUUUAUAGCAAUAUAUGGUACAUAAACUAGCUUCAAGAUCAGAUUUUUUCAGAAACUCGGUGUUUUAUGUGCAUACCACCCUAGAACCAACUGUGCUGUAUCCUGUGGGCUAUCUAGCCGAUGCUUACAUGAGAUAAACGCGUAUCUAUACUAACUAUAUUUGUUUGGUUUUAUUAACCCGACCCAUGAACUAUACUACGAUAUGUUGUAAAGUACACAGACCGGGGUUAUUCAGGAGAAUAACCUGCAUGACCUUCUGAUAAAUUUAAGAACGCCUAACAAAAUAAUGUUUGUUCUCUAACACAAGAAUACCAUAUUAAUAUGUCAGAAGGUUAUGCAUUUAAAAAAAUAAUCCGUCAGAACGAUUAUUCUCCUAAAUAACUUGAGCUAGUUAGUUGCUGAUCUUGGAUAUGGAGAAAAAGGUUUCGAGUAGCAUAUGGGGUUUUAAUUGCAAAAGAGAUGCUCGUAGAGGUAAGGUCUGUAUAAAUCUUAACUUCUCCUGAUCAUAAUUACAGUGUGAGAUUUACUGGGUCGGUUUGGUUUGGUUGCAAGAUU